UAGUACAAACCUACAACCAAAAAGAGAUUUUGCAUAUCUCUUUACCAUUCCUUCGAGUUUGAUUGGAUGUUCUGAUAAGGGUCAUGACUUGGGUAAUGAUCCUACUAAUAUCUCUAAUGGUUCUCCUGUUCCUUCUGCUUCAACUUGUCGCCCAGCCAAGAAGGUGGUGUUUAACAAUGGAGAGCCCGGGAUGUAUUGGUCUGAGGCUGAGACUAUGGAGCUCUCGAAAGGUUUUCAACAAACCCUAAUCGGUAAAUGUGCACAUGGUAAACCUUCGCUUGGUGUGAUUCGUGAGUUUAUUACUACGAGAUGGCUACCUAAAGGGAAUUUUUCGGUUGGUAUUCUAGAUCCCAGAUAUGUAUUGAUUAGGUUUGAACUAUAUGAAGAUUAUGUGAAAACCUGGUUAAAGGACAUGGCCUAUAUUGAGGGCUUUCUAUUCCGUUUUUUCAAAUGGUUUCCGGAAUUCUUGCCAGGAAUUGAACCACCAGUGGUUCCGAUUUGGGUGUCAUUACCUGGUCUGCCAAUUCACCUUUUAAUUGUGAUAGUUUGCAUGAUAUUCUAAACCCAAUUGGGAAAAUUCUAGUGAUAGAUAAUUCUACCUUACAGUUGAUUAGGCCGAGAGUGGCUAGGGCUUGUGUUGAGGUUUAACCUAUUGGCUGAUAAUCCUUCCAGAUUUUGGUUGGAUUUGGGGGGUACAAGUGGUCGAUGGCAGAAAAUUAUAUAUGAAAAAAGAGUUAAAUAUUGUAAAAAGUGUUUGAAGCAGGGUCAUAUAGACUUGGAUUGUAGAAGGAAGGUAUUGGGGAAGGGAGACAAAGAUGAUGGUAAGGAAGGUGAUGAUGUAAAGGGUAAAAAGUCUGUUGUUACAGAGACUCAAAAAGAGAUGUAUGGGGGUAAGAAUGAUAGAGAAUGGCAGAUUGUGAAAGGGAAGAGUGUUGUUCCUCGUAAGGGCAGUGUUUUGAAAAGCUCGCCCAAGCGAGAAGCGAGGCGAGGCGAGGUGAGCUUAUCUCGCCUGGAGGACCCCAGGCAAAGUGAACGUGAGCGAAAUGAUAAUGCUCAACAGAAGCAGAGUAUUAUUGCAGAGAAAGAUAAUGUUAGCUCUGGUAAUGAGGGAGAUUUGUCUAAGAAGUCAAAUGAACUAGAGGGGGAGGCUGUGGAGUUGAGGAAAUUAUUGAAGAUUGCAGAGAAGGUUGUGGAGGAAGGAAAUGUGUUUGAUACAGACUAUAUGGUUGGAGGUGUUGUGUCUGAAGGGGUGCCUUGUGUUUCUUCGGGGCUAGCAAAUGAUUCUUUGAUACAAAAUGUUGAGGUGGGUUCUCUGGAUCCUCAAUGGGAUAAGACUGGUUCGCUAAAUAGGACUCAGAUUGUUAACAGGGGCUUGGCCCUAGUGAGUGAUUUGAAUAUGGUAAGGGGACAGGAAGAUUUUCAAGAAGGUAUUUAUGGGAAUGUGCGUGGAGGCAAUGAACAUUGUGGUUUUAAUAAGCUGAUUUCUCUUUCUGGAAUUUCCUUUUGUGUGGAGAGAUUUGCUACUAGAAGUGGUGCCUCUGUCACUCUUAAUGAUGACAGAGGAUUAUUUAGAAAUCGAGAACCUCCUGGCAAGGGGUAUUGUUCUGAUACAGAAAGUACAAUGAGAAGUAAAGAGAUGAUGCAAAGAGUGGUAGCAAAUAGUGAGGGGUCUGAUGACUCUAACGCAGUCUCUAUUGAAUUCUCUUCUGCAGAGGUGGAAAAUAGGCCGAGGCUGGGGGGGAAUGAUCUAUCUGUUCUUCAUGAUUAAUUUAUUAACAUGGGGGUGGUUUUGGAGAGAGUUUGACUGGCUUUUCAGUUAGUCAGAUGCUCAAGAAGAUUAAGGAUUUUGUGUUAGGAUGGAUGUUUUUGACUGUCUGUUCGGACUGGCAGGUUUAGUUGAUCCCUGUUUGGGGUCUGUUUGUGAAUGUUUGUCCAGUUGGAUUGGAAUUUGAAUGGGUUACUUCUAGAAGUUUUGGGGUCGGUUGGUGUUUUGCAGAUUUCUAAGUAUUUAAAGAGAAGG